CUAAUAGUCAGCAUCAUUUGGUUUGCCCUGAACACUCAUGCAGCGGUAGAAAGACUAGAAACUUCUCUCCGGUCCAUGGCCUAAACAGCCCAUGGAAUCUCAUAACCUGAGCUCUUCCUCUUCCUUCCUUUCCCUCCCUCCCUCCACUCUCCCUGCCUCCCUCCCUCCAUCCCUCUCCUCCUCUCCCUUUGCCUUCACUACAGACUGGGGGGCACCUGGAGAGGCCUUGGCUCCCUGCCACCCGGCCUCCUCCCCCACAGUGUCUACCUUCCUGGCUCCAGUCUUGGGUGUGGAGUUUGUCCUGGGCCUGCUAGGGAACAGCUUGGCACUCUUCAUCUUCUGCUUCCACACGCGGCCCUGGACGUCCAAUACGGUGUUCCUGGUCAGCCUGGUCAUUGCCGACUUUCUCCUGAUCACCAACCUGCCCCUUCGUGUGGACUACUACUUCCAGCACGAGAUCUGGCGCUUCGGGCCCACUGUCUGCAAUGUCAACCUCUUCCUGCUGUCCACCAACCGCUCGGCCAGCGUGGUCUUUCUCACGGCCAUCGCACUCAACCGCUACCUGAAGGUGGUGCGGCCCCACCACGUGCUGAGCCGGGCCUCCGUGUGGGCAGCCGCCAGGGUGGCCGGGGGGCUCUGGGUGGGCAUCCUGCUCCUCAACGUACACCUGCUCCUGACUGCCCAUACCAACCACUCCUGCCUCAGUUACCAGCUGGGCACGAACACCUCUGCCUCACUCCGCUGGCACCAGGCACUGUUCGUGUUGGAAUUCUUCUUGCCACUGGCACUCAUCCUCUUCGCCAUCGUGAGCAUUGGGCUCACCAUCCGGCGCCGCAACCUGAGUGGGCAGGCGGGCCCACGGAGGGCCGUGCGCAUGCUGGCCGUGGUGGUAGCCGUCUACGUCAUCUGCUUCCUACCCAGUAUCAUCUUCGGCAUGGCUUCCAUGGUGGCCUUCCGCCUGCGGGCCUGCCACAGCCUCGACAUCUGCUCGCAGCUCUUCCAUGGCUCCCUGGCCUUCACCUACCUCAACAGUGUUCUGGACCCUGUGCUCUACUGCUUCUCAAGCCCCAACUUCCUCCGCCAGGUCCAGGCCCUGCUGGGCCUCGGCCAGAGCUGGCAGGGCCCAGGCAGUGAUGAGAGUUCCUACCAGCCUUCCACUCGGCGCCAGGAGGCCUCUAGGAAGGCAAAGGCUACAGAGAAGCUGCAGGCAGAGGUCUCAUUGGAGUCAUAAGGCCCCUCCCAGGACAGGGGGUUUACAGUGCUGUGGAAGUAAGGAUGGCCAGGCCCCAACCCGCAGGGAUAAGGUCACUCCCUGGACUGUUGCCAGCUCAGGGCCAGUUGGGUGACAGGGAAAGAAAAGAGUCUUGACCUUACAGAGCAGUGAGUCCUGAAUGAUGUCCCCAGAGCACAGGAGAGGGCACCAUGGCAUGUGGAGACAGUCAGGAGCUGUAACAGACAGCUCCACCCCAGACAAAGUGCCACAUAGCUGCCCAGUCCAGGGGCCAGAGUGUGAGAGCACAGGUCUUGCUUUAGAGAUUGGGCCUCCGCAUUUUCUCUUAAUCUCAUUUGCCCCUUUCAAUGCUAAUAAACUUCUUUUUGAAAAUGCAA